CUUUCUUGUUCUUUAUCAUUAUCAUCCUGAUUUUUUAUUUUUUUCUCUUUUUUAUAUAUAUAUUUUUUUUCUUUUCUUUAUAUAUUUAAAUGAGGUGUUGGUAUCAAGGCAUUAACCUACCAAAAACAGAGACGAGCCAAAGAUUUAGUUUAGCAUUACAAAGGCUGAGGAAGUUCUUCCAGUUCUAAACAUUUUCUAGUUCAAUUGUGAGAGAUAUCAGAAAAAAAAAUAAAAAAUAAAAAAGUUUUUUCUCAAUUAAGGGCAUGUUUGGUUAGAUGGCAAUUCAGGCGCAGCUCUACUCUGAGAAUUUCGUGUUAGGUCCUCAGGAUAUGUUGAUGAUGGAGAACGGUUAUGGUCUCGAUAAUUUCUCUUUAGUCCCUCAAUGCCAACAGCAAACAGUGACUAUGAUGCAGUUUGAUCGGAAAAAUAUGGAGUUUUUAGCUCAAAAUAAUGAUAACGGCAAUCAAUUUCUCCAACCAAUCGCGAAACAGAGCAUUGAGUUCGAACAGUGGAUUCAUUUACAGAGCGAGAGAUUGAGAUUGGGGAUAGAAAACCAGAUGAAGCUGCAAAUGUCGUCCCUGCUCGAGAAAUUCGAGUCGAGGGCUCGCUUUCUGUUGGCGCAGAAGGACGGAGAGAUAGCGAGGGCGUCGGGAAAGACGGCGGAGCUCGAGGAUCUUCUGCGGAGGCUGCAGAUCGAGAGCCUGACGUGGCAGAGGAUCGCGGCCGAGAACGAGUCGGUGGUGGCGUCGCUCGACGUUGCGAUCCAACGGCUGAGGGAGUCAGCGUCCGCCGAGGAUGCGGCGUCUUGCUGCCACGACGGGGGAAAUGAGUCGGAGGAGCGUGGCGGGGACGCGGCGGGGUUUGGGAUGUGCAGGGCAUGCGGUUUGAGAGGGUCGCGCGUGGUGAUACUGCCGUGCAGGCACGUGUGCUCGUGCGUGGAGUGUGAGGUGUUUCUGGAUAACUGCCCUGUUUGUAGAAUGGUGAAGAAAGGUAGCAUAGAGGCAUUAAUUUAAAAUAAACAAUUUCAUUUUAUUUUAUUUUUUUAAUUUUAGUUUAUGUUAUAGACUUAUAGGAGAUUAAAGUUUUUUGAUCCUUAAAUAAUAAUAGUAAUAAUACAUACUAAUGUAGUUGUAAGUUGGAAGGUCUUUAGUUAUUUUUGUUUCGGUUUAUUAUUCUUUUAGAAUAACUAAUUUCAACAUUAGGUUAACGUGGCAGGGAAAAACAUGUGGGUUUAAGAGCAUCUACAAUGCUUUGGUCUAAUUGUGCUUAUGUGGCAUGUAAAUAGACCUAAGUAUUGAAUGACAUGGACAAAAAAAAUAUAAAAGUAACAAAUUUAAUUCCAAUACAAAGAGCCUAUGUUUCUACUUGGGUCUAAAAUAGACCUAAGGCUAGACCGGGUCUCUUUUUUUUGCUGCCACAUAAG